AGCCGAUCUGUUUGCUGGAUUUGGGCUCGGAAUGACCCACCUGUAAAGUCCUUUCCCUUCCUCCUCGCCUUGAACUCUGCAGGGGGCUUGGCUUGGAGGGGGCAAGGGAGGGAAAGAGAGAAGGGGGAAACACAAAAAACUUCUUUCUUUCUUUCUCCGUUUAUCUUCAGCCCGACAUUGUCACCUCCUCUUUGAGGGGUUAGAAGAAGCAGAGAUCUCCCGACAGAGCUGGAAAUGCAUUGCACUUUGACUAUGGAAACAGAGGCUAUUGAUGGCUAUAUAACGUGUGACAAUGAGCUUUCACCUGAAAGGGAGCACUCCAAUAUGGCAAUUGACCUCACCUCAAGCACACCCAAUGGACAGCACGCCUCACCAAGUCACAUGACGAGCACAAAUUCAGUAAAGCUAGAAAUGCAGAGUGAUGAAGAGUGUGACAGGAAACCCCUGAGCCGCGAAGACGAGAUCAGGGGCCAUGAUGAAGGUAGCAGCCUAGAAGAGCCCCUAAUUGAGAGCAGCGAGGUGGCUGACAACAGGAAAGUCCAGGAGCUUCCAGGCGAGGGAGGAAUCCGGCUUCCGAAUGGUAAACUGAAAUGUGACGUCUGUGGCAUGGUUUGCAUUGGGCCCAAUGUGCUUAUGGUACAUAAAAGGAGUCACACUGGUGAACGUCCCUUCCACUGUAACCAGUGUGGAGCUUCCUUUACUCAGAAGGGCAACCUUCUGAGACACAUAAAGCUACACUCUGGAGAGAAGCCGUUCAAAUGUCCUUUCUGUAGCUAUGCCUGUAGAAGAAGGGACGCCCUCACAGGACACCUCAGGACCCACUCUGUGGGUAAACCUCACAAGUGCAACUACUGUGGACGAAGCUACAAGCAACGCAGUUCAUUGGAAGAGCACAAGGAACGCUGCCACAACUAUCUCCAGAAUGUCAGCAUGGAGGCCACGGGGCAGGUCAUGAGUCACCAUGUACCUCCUAUGGAAGAUUGUAAGGAACAAGAGCCUAUUAUGGACAACAAUAUUUCUCUGGUGCCUUUUGAGAGACCUGCUGUCAUAGAGAAGCUCACGGGGAAUAUGGGAAAACGUAAAAGCUCCACUCCACAAAAGUUUGUGGGGGAAAAGCUGAUGCGGUUCAGCUACCCAGACAUUCACUUUGAUAUGAACUUGACAUAUGAGAAGGAGGCUGAGCUGAUGCAGUCUCAUAUGAUGGACCAAGCCAUCAACAAUGCAAUCACCUACCUUGGAGCUGAGGCCCUUCACCCUCUGAUGCAGCACCCGCCAAGCACAAUCGCUGAGGUGGCCCCAGUCAUAAGCUCAGCUUAUUCUCAGGUCUAUCAUCCAAAUAGGAUAGAAAGACCUAUUAGCAGGGAAACCUCCGAUAGUCAUGAAAACAACAUGGAUGGCCCCAUCUCUCUCAUCAGACCAAAGAGUCGACCCCAGGAAAGAGAGGCCUCUCCCAGCAAUAGCUGUCUGGAUUCUACUGACUCAGAAAGCAGCCAUGAUGACCACCAGUCCUACCAAGGAAACCCUGCCUUAAAUCCCAAGAGGAAACAAAGCCCAGCUUACAUGAAGGAGGAUGUCAAGGCUUUGGAUGCCACCAAGGCUCCUAAGGGCUCUCUGAAGGACAUCUACAAGGUCUUCAAUGGAGAAGGAGAACAGAUUAGGGCCUUCAAGUGUGAGCACUGCCGAGUCCUUUUCCUAGACCAUGUCAUGUACACCAUUCACAUGGGUUGCCAUGGCUACCGGGACCCACUGGAAUGCAACAUCUGUGGCUACAGAAGCCAGGACCGUUACGAGUUUUCAUCACACAUUGUUCGAGGGGAGCACACAUUCCACUAGGCCUUUUCAUUCCAACGGGGACCCCUAUGAAGUAAUGAACUGCACAUGAAGAAAUACUGCACUUACAAUCCCACCUUCCCUCGGAUGUUGACAUACCUUUUUUUUAAUAUUAUUACUAUUAUUAAUUCUUAUUUUGUGGACACACUGUCAUUUGCUCUGCCUAAUUACCAUAAGGAAGAAACAGAAGAGAGAAGGGACAGGGGAUAUUGUUUCUUGAUAACUCGGCUUGUUUAUUUUGUGAGAAUUUAAGAGCGGUUCAUUUCUGCCAUGCGUAGAUAUAAGGCAUAUCGUGCUUUGAAAAAAAAAUCACUUGAUUCGUAACGACUUACCUAAGAGAUUCUAAUUUGCCACUGAUGUUCAGGAUGAUGAUUGAAGGCAGGAAAGUUUAUUCUGGGUAGGCCUUUUGCAGUUUAAAACAGCAUAAGUAAUUUUACUCUUCAGAGAAGAAUUCGUUUCAAAACGUCAACUUUUUUUUUUCCUCUAGAGAUCAUGGAACACAAACACAUUGGUAUUUUCAGUGAUAACCCCACAGAUGAGUUGUUGUUGUGGGUUCUGAGUUUACUUCCCCUAUGGAAUUUGUAAUGCGGUAUGUUAUACACUGUACCAUAUAGCAAAACUUUUCAACUCCAGGUAGUUAAGGACACCUACAGUACAUCUGAGGUCCGAUGAUCUUAUUUUUCUAAACCUAAGCACUGUUUUUCCAUAGUUUUGAUGACUGGCAUUUUAUAGACACCCUGGCAGCCUUACUUUGAACACCUUUAAUGAAUAGUAUUUUUAUCUAGUUUUCAGAAUAACAUGUGGUCUAAGAGUGGCCAAGAGGCCGUCAGUAGUUUCCAGAAGGGACCUCUACUUUUCAUAAAUUUGGGAAGUUUUCUUUUAAAGUUGUAAUGUGAUGGCAGCAUAGUAUACGUAUUUGUUUCUGAAAGUAUACUUACAAUUGUCACUUUAUCAGCAUUUAAUCAGUGUUAACCAGUCAGCAGAAAAAUAUAAUUAGGCUAACAGUAGGGGGAAAAAAGCCCACUCAGAAAUCCCUUUUCUGGUAUUUCUCUUUUCACUGGUUUCUUUAAGCUGUAACCACCCAAUGUUCUGUCCAUAGUCCAUUCAUCUUUUGCUCUUCGAGUGGAAGGUCUUAAAAAUCUUGCUGUCGGCUAUUUCUUUCAAAAUCUCAGCGCAAUUGCUAGUUUGACCUGAAUGUGGUAACUUGAACCACAUAAGGUUACAGAACUCGGGCUAUUUAUUCUUGUAUUUCUUCAAUAAUAAUAUUUACCACUUUUGGUACAAGGAAAGGGAACUUUGUAACCUGUACGUUGGACUAUACGUAAAACAAACAAAAAAAAUGAAGCUUAUUUUCACCCUGCUUGGAGUCUAGAAUGUGUCUGAACCCCCAAGUCAAAGAGACCAUGUCCUGACCAUUUUUCUGUCUCAAAAACAUUCAACUAUUUAUAAGUCCUUUUCAGAGGUGACUCUCAAUCCCUUAGUACAGAAUUUCUCUUCCUUUAGUCUAUACCUGUGUUGCCAUAUUUCCUGUGCAGAUUUUCAUUUCAUUUAUAUGGGUGCUCUGUGUUUUCUUUGCAGUCCAACAGCAUUAGAGGGGAGGAAUGAGUGAGAUUGUUAGGCCAUUUUGGGAGACACACAUGGAGGCAGAGCUGGCUGCUUAUAAGGGAGGCCAGACCUGACCAUGACUGGAUUAUCUGAUACCCAUUUACGAAUACUGAAAUUCUGUUAAGCAGUUAACUGAUAACUGCUCUAAAAAAAAAAUCAUUAAAUAGGAUGCUGAAAGUAUGUUUCUUAAUACAGAAUGAUGUGAGAAUUAGCAAGACUAGAGAGCUAUGGAGAGAGAAGCGAAUAUCCAAUAUUGGCCCCAAUACUGGUCUUCACUCAUUUUCUAUUUUAUCAUCUGCUUAUUGAAGUGAUUUCUAAGCAUGAACACAGCUAGAGCUAGGCAAAAUGGUUACAACUCAGCUCUCUCUUACUAGCCCCUGUUGUAAUUAUUUUUGAAGAGAUAUACAAACCCUUCCUUUAAAUCUAAGAGAAGGCACCAAAACAGAGAUGUGAAAUGUUUUAAAUAGAAUGUCGGCUGUCAUUUUUUUUCUGCAUGCUUUGGUACAUUGGUACAGUGUGAACAUACAAUUUAUUCAGAGGUAAAGCAUGUCUUUGUGGCUCCCUCACUCUAACCACUCAGAAAUAAUUGGAAUUUCGUAUUUUUUUUUUCCUUUGGGAGGAAGGUAAAUAAUUUAAGGUUAGUGGUUUUGAGUUUUGCUACAAUUUAAGGAAACAUUUGGAUGGCAGUCAGUAUGUUCAUAACUUUGGCUAUAUGUGAAUUUCUGCUGGCAUCAUCUAUGAAUUUUCUUCCCACUUACUACUUUUUUUCAGUGUAUGAACAAUCAUGUACCUACCUUCCCCGGGGAUGAAACUGAUUUUAGAUGGACCUAAAGAGUUGUGUAGAACCCCUAUGAAGACAGUACUAAUGCAUUCUUUUUUUUUCUGAUUUCAUCUUGUUUGGAAUCUGUUUUAUUGAAGGGACUUAAUAUUUGUAAGAGUGUUUGCUACUAGUGUAUACUUGUACUUUCUUGGCUUCAUGCUAUGAGGAACAGGAAGAGGUAAAGAUGGCCCAGGGUGUGGCAGGGACAAAUGAGGACAAGGUCAAUUCAAAUGUGUAGGUUAGAGAGAAUUUUUGUGGACACAGUGCUUUCUGGGAAACUCUGGACGGCUACAUUUACAUGCCUCUUCUUCACAAAAGGAAAUAUGCAAAGUGGCAGCACUUAAAUAUGAGGGUCAGACACCAAAUAAAUCAAGUUUUACAUAACAGUUAACAUGCCCAGUUUAUUUAGGUGAGAUUUCACAUUACAGAGUAUUUGAGGGGAGUGAAAGUGGGUUAGCCUUUAUAUUUUCCAGUAUGACAAAAAUGCAGAAAUUCGUCGCAUUGCUUUGCCCUGAUUUUGCCCAGAAUUUUAUCUCCAGCUGCUAUUGGAGAAGUGUGCUGUCUCUAAUAGUGGUCAAUCACUUUUAAAAAACCAUUCUAAUCUGGCUUUUUAAAACAGUGACCGUGACCAAUAAGCAGACUGGAAGAGAUUGCAGUGUUGAAACAUUCCGUUGAGAAUUUUCUGGAGGGACAAAAUGGGAGAAUGAGAGAGUAGGAUUUAGAUUUGGCUACAGAGUAGGGAGUGUCUCUCAUACAUACAUACAAGCAAUUAUAUGUAUGCAUCAUAGUGUGUAUGCAUACACACUAUGCAGACACACACACACACAUUCUUGUAAAGAAAAUUCCUGAAAAGAAGGAAUUAGAGUGAACGGAUGUGUUGCAAGGGUAUAUAGAGAGUUAAAAUUAUAGUUAAUACCUGAGCAGUUUAGUAGGUUUACUUUACCAGAUUGUAUUAAGAAAUAUUGAAGAAGUUACCAGUGUGUCUUUAGGACUAGUCACAACUAUUAAAUUUAAACCUGGGGUCUUUACUGUCUACUUAUAGAACAAAUCAAAACACUUAUAAAAAGAGAUUUUUAAGCUGGUUUGAUAUAACCUCCAAAGUGAAAGAAACACAAAUUACUUUUGAACAGGAAGAUAUAGAAAAGAAAAAUUAUCAAGUUUCACUUGUUGGCAAAUGGCGAAAGAUAAGAAUAUUUUAGUGAGCUUGAUAUUGUUUUUAUUUAUAGUUUUUGUGUCUCAGUUGUACACCUCACAAAACCAUGAAGUCUUUAUGAUAUUUUAUUAAAUGUUUGACAGAAUUUACAUCCGUGAAGGCAUUUAGAUGAAAGUUAUAUUUUACUUAUUUUUCAAAAAUUAUGUUUUACUUAUUUCAUUCUGUCUCCAAAAUAAUUCCUUAAUGUAGAAAAAAAGAACAGAAAAGGCUGCAAAAAUACAAACAAAAAACUGUAUGCCCCUAGUUUCAAGACAGAGCUUAGAUUAUAAAAGGUACUGUCUACGUUAUUUUUUUAACUUGGAGUUGUUCAUUUUACGAAAAGGGAUAAGUUACAUUUGUGGUCAUCUUUGGUUAUAUUUAUAUAUUAUUUUAGUUUGUACUAUCUGUAUGAAGAUUAUGCUAAAACAGAAAAUUCCACAAAUGCAAACGAAAAAAAGAGUGGGGGUGAAAUUGAAGUUUGUAUAUAUGAAAGUUAUCUUAGAAAUGUUUUUAAACCUCCAGUUUCUGCAAAAUAAUUAAAAUAUACAGUAACUGGUCUCCUAAGAUCCUGAAUUUAAUGUAUUAAAUACUUAUAAUUGGUGCCUUUUUAAAAUGCAUUGAGAGAGUGUUGGUUACCUGUUGUAGCUCUACAAUGCUUUUAUUAUGUAUUUUUAAAAAUCACUAAAAUUGAGUACUACAUAAUUCAUCUUCAUGUACUUAGGGCAAAACUGUUAGAGGAAUUUUCAGUCCAGAAACUUUCAGCUCACCUGUUACAAGUAAAAGGAAACUUUGAAACCAGAUUUUAAUAUCUUUUUAGUUCGAUAGUAUUUCUGAAUACAUGACAAGAUUAUGCAGGUAAAUUAUGAGGUAGAGGGGGAUUUUCGCUGCGAAUUGCUUUAUGGUAUGUGUUUUUGUUUUAUUUUUAAGGAAGAAUAAGUUAUAGUAUCCUACAAGUCCCUGUUAGCGAAAUUUGGGGUCAAUAAAAUACAGUAUUGUUUUGGAAUUUCAUCUGCAGACUAGUUUUGCACUAGUCUUAGAACCUCUGUCUUCUAAUCUGUUAACAUUUUAUGGAAUAGUGUAAAGAAGCAAGUAAUUGAUUCUCCUGGAACAAAACAAACCUGAACAGUCACGUCCCAUUGCUGUUCUCCAAGGCAUCGUUUCAAAUGCUUUUCUAAAUAGUUGUGUAUUACUUGCAGUGGAUGUGUUAGGAUAUGACAGCUUUUAAAAAAAAAAAAAAGCCGUUUGUUAUACAAAGCAGAUGUCAUAUGACCAAGAAGCUGUGAUAUGCUAGUGUUUCUUUUUAUCCUAGUAUAUUGCUAGGCCAAAUAAUGACACCUUGAAUAUUUUUCCAUUUAUUGCAGAAACCUAAAAUUUUGGUCUUUGCAUAAGGUUUUUGUGUCACAUUCUAUUUCUAGCUUUUUAGUUUUCUCUUGCUGUACUGUAAGUUUGUGGAUAUUUUUCACAGGCACUCUUAGAAAUAAGUUCCUAAUUCUGUGUAUGGGGUUUUUCUCCCAUAACAUUGCAUUUGUAUAUUUUCUGUAUAAAUUUGUUGUGAAUUAACCUUUAUCUCAAACAGAGAGUGGUACGUGAAUGACUAGUUUUCUAAGAUGUCCUUUUUAUUGUGAAUAAAAUAUAAAAUCUCGAGGCCCUCUGCUAAGCCACCUAGAGUACAGCAUAUAACUUCAUAUAGGUACAGAUAAGCCAGUUUGCAGUUCAUCGGGCUCUUCCAAUUACCUCAAGUGACACACAGUAAGAAACGCUUCUAGAACGGGUGGAGGUCACUGAAUCCCCUACUAUGCACUUAUCAGGAUUCUGCUUAAUUUAAUUUACUGGAAAUGGGUUUUUAAAAAAUGAAUACACUGUAAGAAAGUAAGGAUUCUGGGGGUUGUCUUUUGUUGUUUUAUUCUUUUGUGUGUUUUUUUUUUAAGGUAGUUCAAUUUCUGAAACUGUGAUAAAACAUUUUGACUGUCAAGCACUCUCAGAUUUUAAACAUAAAUCACUUGCCCCUCUGUGUAAGGAAGUUCUUUGUUAUCUCUUAAAUUUUGUCUGCUCUCUCCCACCUCCUUUCUCCUCUCUAUCCAUCUCCCUUCAUCAUGGUCUCUGGACGUCUCUGCCUCUCUUUCCUCCUACUAGUUUGAAGAUUAGGUCAACUCUUAUUUCCAAUUCAUCCGUCUCUUAAGUCUUAAUUUUUUGUGUGUAAUUUUUGUUGGCUGUAUAAUCUGCUGACAUAUUUUUAUACUCAAGUGUAGUUUUAUAUUAAAAAGAAAAGUAGUUGGAUUAAAAAUAGUAAGAUAUAUAACCCUUGUGUUACUUUCACUUUCAAAUACUGAGUACCUAAAAUAUGACUUCAGAGGUUAUGUAAUCAUAACAUGGUAUGUUUGCCUUCCUCUUCUCAAGAUUUUGUGUUCUGAUUUGGUUUUCCUCCUAAAAUGUAUGUUCUGAGAGAUUAACAACUUUUUGCAAGAUUUUAGAAAGAUGUUAAAAUUUAAAGCAAAGAGUCUUAACUGUCUCCCAGUUGGGAGAAAAUGCUUUAACGUUACUAUGAUAAUAUUCCAGGUUUGGAGGGGCUCUCCGGGCUCCAUAUUUGCUCUUAAUAGUUGGACCUUUUAGACCAUGUGUUAUCUGCAAUCCCAGAAUGAUUGCUUCUGCUAUUUAGUUUAAAAGAUAUUUUUCUUUUCUUUCUGUACAAGUGCAAUACUUUCCUUGAAGUCUUAAAAACGAUGGUUAUUUUUUUUUUUCCUUUCCUGCCCUAUUCUUUCUUUAAAAAGAAACCCUUGCAAAUCAUGGUAUGUUAGUUGAAGGACGCAACAAGCAAAGUGAAAAACACUCCACAGUGAAAAGAUUACAGAACGUGGAAACCACUGGUCUAAUCUCAUGAUAUCUUUAUUUAGGCUAAAUUUCCAUUGAAAUUAGUCAUCUUUUGCCUGAGAAAAGUGUCCUACAGUUGAAAUUCUUAAAGACUGAAUUUUCUUCUUAGAUCCUUGCCCACUGUUUUAAAUUAAGAACUUAAUAUUUUCUUAUUUCUUUUUUCUCUUUUGGAAAUGAACUUUAAAAACGAAGCACUUAGGUCAAUUUUAAACACUUAUCUAUCACCUAUUGGAGACAAUUUUUAAGAAAUAUUUGGAGCACUCCUGUUUUCAUACAAAUUUGAGUAAGAAGUAUUUUUCGUAUCAUCCAUAUUUAUAUGUAGUAUGCUGGUUUUCUUUUUUUAUACCUGUGUCCCUGUAGGAAAACUGCUGUAAUGUAAAUACAUAUUUUGUUAAAAAGAUAACAUUUCUUUGACAUUUCUUUUAAAGGCAUUUGCUGCAUUUGUACAAUAUGUGUCUUGGCCAUUUUAGAUUUUUUUUCUUUAACAAUACCAAAGGUAAUUAGACUACUUUAAAAACUAAUUGCUUGACAGUUUCUAGGAUAUUUUGAGUUUUAGAAGCAAAAAAAAAAAAAAAAAAAUAUAGGUCAAACCAGUAAACCUCAUUUUUUUUUCAAACUAAUAAUUUGGGAAAAUAAAAACUAUUGUUUAAAAACAGAAAAAUAUAUAUAAAUAUAUAUGUAAAAUUAAAAUUCCAGACCUUGUAUGUCAGGUUUGCUCAGUGUAAUGUAGUUUUUUUAAGGCUCAAAUACUAUACCUCAGAAAAUGAGGUUUACUAUGGAAAUACUGAAACAGUCUUUGCAGCUGUGUGACAAGUCACUCUGCUAUAUACCAAUUUGGAGACCUCCGCUAAACAGUUUGAUCACUGCGGACUAAAAUGUGGGACUUGUAUUUUGUUUUUAAUGCACACGCAUACAUGUUCUGUGCAUGUAUGUGGGUACUGUGUAUAUGUGUAUGAGUGUCGUAUAUGCAUGUGUGAGUGUGUGUCUGUAUGUGUGUACAACUGAAGAAGCUGCAGAAACUUUGUAAUACUUUGUGAAAAGGAUUAUAUUAUAAAGGUUUGUACUGUCUGAGUGCACAGCUACUGGAAUAAAUUUAGGGAAUCUCAGGAACAAGCAUAUAAUUUGUCCAAGAUUUAUUUCUUCUCAGAAGUGUAAGUGCAGUUUUUAAUUCUGUAUAUUAUUUAAUAUUUUACCAAUAAAAUAAACUUCUGACAUAAAAAGUUUGCUAUAAAAA